AAUAAAAUAAAUAAUCCGUGGAUUUGUUGUCUUGUUUUAUUCAUUUGACUGUUACUGUAACACCAUCUCAACUUUCUCUCUCAAAAAAAUCCCAUCUCUUUCUCUCUCUAGGGUUUCAUCAUCGUCCAUAUAUUUCUCCACCAUUUCCCCAACAAGUUGUUGAAAAUGGAAGCCACACGAGCAGCGUUAAACUUAACGGCAACUGUUCUUCCGUCAUCUUCACGUCCGUCUAAGCCGUCAAUGUUCGUUGGAAGAUCCACUGUUUCGCUAUUUCGUUCCAAUUUACCGUUCUCCUGUAAGCUGCACGCUUCUGUACCUAGCUCCAAGCAAGGCCAUGGGAGGAAACUUUCCGUUGGAAGUAAAAGGGUUUUUGUUGUUAGAGCUGCAUCAUCGUCUGCAGAGUCAUCUGGAUCUAGUUCUAAUAUUGCCCCACUGAAGCUGGAGUCUCCAAUCGGGCAGUUUCUCUCUCAGAUUUUGGUUAGUCACCCACAUCUCAUGUCUGCUGCAGUGGAGAGGCAACUAGAGCAAUUCCAAACCGAUCGUGAUGGUGAUGAACAAAAGGAAAAGCCUUCUGCUUCAGGAACUGACUUAGUUUUGUACAGGAGAAUUGCUGAGGUUAAGGCUAAAGAGAGGAGAAAAGCUAUAGAAGAGAUAUUGUACACAUUGGUAGUGCAGAAAUUUAUGGAUGCCGAUGUUUCUUUAAUACCCUCCGUAAGACCACAUCCUUCCGGUCAAGUUGAUUCAUGGCCUAGCGAAGAUGGAAAACUUGAGGAGCUUCACUCGCCUGAAGCCUAUGAGAUGAUCCAAAGUCACUUGGCUCUCCUUCUGGGUAAUCGAAUUGGUGAUUCAGCAUCUGUAGCUCAGAUCAGCAAACUCAGGGUAGGACAGGUCUAUGCAGCAUCAGUAAUGUAUGGCUACUUUCUUAAGCGUGUUGUCCAACGGUUUCAGCUGGAGAAGACAAUGAAAAUUCUACCUGAUGCAGAAGAAGAGAGUACUAUUGGCCAAACUAUGGAAGACGAGACAAGAAUCGCUGGUCUUGAGAUGCCUUCUCAAGUCACGCCCCACCCAGAAGUCCCCACUUGGUCCGGAAGCGGCAUCAGUUCAGGUGCAUUUGGUCAGGAGACAACAGUUUCUAGGUUGCGCUCCUAUAUGAUGUCCUUUGAUUUAGAGACAUUACAGAGAUAUGCAACAAUUAGAUCCAAAGAAUCUGUCAGCAUAAUUGAGAAGCAUACAGAUGCAUUAUUUGGAAUACCAGAAAUUGCUGUAACAGCAGAGGAGAAAAUCAAUUCUUCAAAAGAUGAAAUCAUCAAAAUUAGCAUUGGUGGUUUGAAAAGACUUGUUUUAGAAGCUGUUACUUUUGGUUCUUUUCUUUGGGAUGUCGAAAGCUAUGUUGACUCAAGGUACCAUUUUGUGCUAAACUGAGUUCUGCUCACUCCAUUCAUUCCAAGGGGAAAAAUUCAUAUGGCUUGGUACUGAGUAUUGACCAAUUUAUUGGCACAAUUGAAGUCCAAAUACUUUUAACUUAUUGGUCUUGUAUAUAAUGGAUCUGGCUUUCAUUGAGAAUGAAAAAUUGUCUACAAAGUCAGAUAUUUCAAUUCCUAUUUGUUUAGUUUAUGUCAUCAAAUCAAAAUCCUUACGAAUAAAUGAGUAGCUUUUGUUAUGUCUUAGGCAGAAGGAUUAGCUCCAUUUCAAAAGUUAAUUGCAAAAGACAUGAUUGUUACUAUCAGUGUAUAUCACUGGUUAAUGCUAUUUCAUUGCAUUCA